AUGUCUUCGCAACGAGGAGGAGGAGGAGGAGGAGGAGGGCGGCAACAUUUGGUGGUGCGCUCGGUUUGGGCGUGGAACUUGGAGUACGAGUUCUCCAUCAUUGCUUCCCUCGUGGAUCGCUUCUCUUACGUCGCCUUCGACACGGAGUUUCCCGGCUUCCUCUACAGAACUCGGAGGCCACACCGUCUUCUCCCGCCCAGACUGCGCUACGCCUUCCUCAAGGCCAACGUCGACAAGAUGGAGCUCGUCCAACUCGGCCUCACCCUCUUCGACGCCUUCGGCGACCUCCCCGACAUCGGCACCGGCGGCAGGGUCGGGUUCGUGUGGGAGUUCAACUUCCGGGAAUUCGAUGUCCGACGCGACCCCCACGCGCCGGACUCCGUCGACCUGCUCCGUUCCAGUGGCAUCGACUUCGACCGGCUCCCCCUCUACGGCAUUGACUCCGGCCAGUUCGCCGCCCACCUCUAUCGUUCCGGCCUCGUCGCUCAUUGCCGUUUCUGCCGCCCGCACUCCACUCGAUGGAUCGCCUUUCACAGCUGCUACGACUUCGCCUAUCUCAUCAAGGUGCUGGGGUUCGGCGGGCCUCUGCCCGACACCCUGGAAGAGUUCCUCGGCCUGGUGAACUUGCUCUUCGGAGAGACUGUGGAUCUCAAGCACAUGAUGCGCGGCUGCAAGGGUCUCUCCGGCGGGCUGGAGAAAGCGGCGAGUACCCUCGGGGUGCCACGCCAAGCUGGGAAGUCGCAUCAAGCUGGAUCAGAUAGCUUGGUGACCUGCCAAGUCUAUCUGAAGAUGAAGCAGAGGUUCUUCGACGACCAAGACGCCAAGGUGGCCUGCCAUCGCGGCAUCAUCUACGGCCUACAAGCCUGCUGA